AGGCAGGGCGAGUGGUCUUCUUUCAUGUGGUAGCUGUAACUUGUAGAACUGGUGCAUUAAUCAGUAUUUGAAGACCCUGUCAGAGCUGCAGCUCUCUGCUCUGCUAGUCUUUUCACUAACUAGAGAUUUAUCUCUAUUUUACUCACCCGGAACAUCCUCAUCGAUUGGCUUUUUAUGGCCCCAACAAAAUCAAACUUCCCUGAUGUCUGGGUCUCUGGUGUGCUCCUGAUUGAUAGGUGGGAAAUUGCACAUAUGUGGUAAGGAUAUAGACAUUUAUAAUCUUGAUUCAUCUGAUUGGUCAGUCCUAGUAUCAGGGUUAUGUUUGUCUCUUGCUAAGAAUUCUCAGGCUUCUUUAAGAUUUGCCAACAAGUCUGAAGUGCAGCUUUUUUAUCACUGUUCCUAAACUUUGUUUAAAAGUUUUCUAAAAAGUUUUUCUUUGUGUGUAGAUAAUUGACCUUUUAUAUAAUUGUUUAGAAAUAUUACAAUGUUAGUUUAAACUUUGUAUAUUUUAGUCCAAAUUUUAUUAAGUACUGUGGAUUCCAGGGAACAUUUUGGGAAGCUUUUGGUAAAACUACAGAUAUUUGCAGUUUCUCUCAUUUCCUCUGACUUGCUUUUGGAGCUAGCCUUUCCCUAAGCAUACAAGGUCAAAAAAAGUAACUGCUCCCAAGUGACAUUUCCUCUUUGUCCUUGAGGGGCCUAAGAAAUGGGUUGUAGACAAAGCAGGAGCUUUUUUUUUUGCUUUCUUCAAACUUCAGGAAUUGUUCUUCCUUCACAGCUUCUUGUUUCCCUAUAAUAAUCAACUUCUUGUAGCUGAUUUAGUAAGAUAGUUGCUUUGGAGUCUGCCUCAGUACAUAUAUUUUUCUUAAAUGCUUGAGCUAUUAUUCUGGGUUUCUCACAGUUGAAGUGUGCAGUUGACUUACCCUGUAGCUUUCUUGUUCUGUCUUCUACCUGGAGACUGCAGUGGUGUAAUACAAACUCAUCUUGUUCCAAGAUGCCUUGCAAACUGAAAUAAGCACUAUAUACUGUUGCCUGCUGGUUAAAAUUCUCAAACUUGGUCAUUUUCAGGUGUUCCUUAUCUUGUGCUGAUUGAAUUCAGGUAAAAAUAGAAUAGUUCAGUUGAAAGGGACCUACAACAAUCAUCUAAUCCAACUGCCUUGACAACUUAAAAAAAUUAAAGCAUGCUCCCUGGGGCAUUGUCCCAGUGCCCCUUAAAUAUUGUCAGGCUCAAAGCAUUGACCACCUCUUGAGGAAGCCUGUUUCUGAGUUUGACCAUGUUCUCAGUAAAGAUAUGAUUCCCUGGUGCAGCUCUGAGCUGUUCCCACAUGUUCUAUGACUGAUCUCAGAAAUCGGUACCUCUCUCUUCACUUCUCAGGAAGCUGCGGAGAGCAAUGUGGUUGUUCCUCAGUCUCCUUUCCAAACUAAACAUCAAAAUCCACAGUCACUCCUCAGAGAACGGCCCUUCCAUCAGCUUGGUUGCCCUCCUCUGGACAUAUACAAGGACCUCAAUAUCCUUCUUAAAUUGUGGACCCAGCACUGCAUUCAGCAUAUACCAGUGCUGAAUACAGAAGCAUAAUCCCCUCUCUUCACAAAUUGGCGAUGCUGUGUUUGAUGCACCCCAGGGUGUGGUUUCACCUCUUGACUGCCAGGACACACGACUGACUCACACUGAUCCUGCUGCCAACCAGCAACACCAGACCCCUUUCUACAGGGCUGCCCUCCAGCCACUCCUCUGCCAUUUUGUGCUGGAUGCAGAAUUUGGUAUCUGGACUUGUUAAAUUUCACUUCAUUUGUGAUUAUCCAAUGUUCCAAUCUAUCUAGAUCCUUCUGCAAGGUCUCUUGUUUCUCUAGAGAGUCAACAGCACUCUCUAGAGAGUCCCAGUUUGGUGUCACCUGCAAACUUGCAAAUACUGUGUUCAAUUCCACAGAAUGCCAGAGCUUGGGACAACUGAGACAUUUGGGUGCCUUAACGGAGUUGGUAGAGCUCAAUUACAGAAAUUUAUGGUUAAAGUAGGCACUGUAAGGAAAUUAAAUAGAGGGAAUUAAAACAUACGUGUAUUUGAAGACAAAAGUUCAAGAUAAACUUAAAAAACAACAAGAUGCUCUUUUAGCAGAACAUGCAGUUGUUUUAGGAGUGUGCUCUGAUGUAACUGCAUUCAUUUUGCUCACUAAUGUAAUCAUUAUCUUUAAGUUUUUUAAAAUUCUGGAUAUAAUGGUUUGCAGUAACAAAUGUAUAAAAUUCAUUAUGAAAGGCUUGCUUGAACUUAUGAUCUAGUGUGCGAGGAAAUGCAUCUGCUGCUUAGUUAUGUGUAACUGUCUUUCAUUUGAGUGUCUAAUUGAAAGGAGAACAGGAAGAGCUUCCAGGGUAUUAGAUAUAUGUGGUAUCUUUAGAGAUGGCAAUAUAAUAAUUUGAGAUAUGAAAUAUAAUUUUGUGAAAAACAAAGUUUUAAUAAUUUUAAUGGGAUAAAUAUGAUUUUAUGUCUUAAUUAAUGAAGGAAACUCAGUGGUCCCAAAACUUAGCAUGAUGUGUUCUGUAUUUACUAUUUCGGAAUAGAAGUUAGGUAGCUGUUGCCAUGUUUGAACAGUUGGUGGCUCCAAUGCUUUGCAGCUAUCACAAUACAUACUACUGAAGCAAGUUAGUUUAGUUGAAGCUGUACCAAACUAGUUAGAAGUGUAAAAGGAAAAGUGGAAUCAGGAACGUAGUAAAUAGCCAAACACUUGCAACUUGCAUUUUAUGCCACUAGGUAAAUAUCCCCUUUUUAGUUCUUAGAUAAGCAUAAACUCCACUAUUGCUGUCUAGCUUAGGAUAAAUUAUAAAGGGGCUCCUUUAUAAAGUGCCAGUUCAUAAUCAGUAGCAAUAUUAUUAAAAACGACAUAGCUGUCAGCAUCCCUGCUCCAUAUUGCUGGAUUAUACAGGCAGAACAAAUUACAGCUAUCCUGACCAAGUAAAAGGAGGGAGAGAAUAAUCAAUCCAUUUCUCGAAAAGAAGCAGAGAUGAGCAUGUAGAUAGUCUUUAAACUGAGACUUGCUCAAGUGCUUAUGUACCUAAAAGAUAAAGUACUUUUGUUUGUGGAAAUAAAGGAUUUGGUGGGCACUGGUACUUGAUAAAACAAGAUGACAACUUCUAACAGAAGAGCAGAUGCUACAUUUAGCUGCCUUUUCAGUCAUUGCAGGAGCAUUUAAUAAACACAAAACUUGAAGAAGAUGAAAAAGGUUGUGAAAAAUGUUAGUCCUAGAAGUCUGGAGAAAAUCUUAGAUAAAUGGGUAGACAUGAGACUAGAAACGUCUGGUGAUGACUUCUUCCAGCUUUUUGACCCCCAAAAAUAUGACUGGAGAGAUGGAACAUUACUGCACAGGUUUUCCAUGUUCUAGAGAAAAGGAAAAUGUAGAAUUUUUUUUCUUCACUACUGUUAGAAAACUACAGUCUGUCUGUUUUUGAUUAAAUAUUUUUAUUAUGGCAUCCUGAACUAGUAUAAGUACUCUGUUACAGUGUUCUGCCUUGUUUUUUAUCUGGAUUGUUAUUGCCGUGUUUUGUUCUUGAAGCUUCUGUAGUUUAUGGUAGAAACAGCACUGCAGGACAAUCACAGGGAACGCAGCCUUGCAGGUACAGCAUGGCUCUCCAAACCACAGUGAGGUAAAGAGCAGUUUGAGAAAACACAGUGAAUGAAAUCAUAUGGUGACCCAAAGUUACAUGCAAGUGCAAUCUGGAUGUAGCAUUCUAUUUCUGUACAAUUGAAUGUUAUGUGCUACAGAAAUUCUAUUUGGGGCUGAAAAAAGGGGGGAAAAGAUUUGAGGAGUCUUUAUAAUGUGCAGACUUAAGACCCUUCAUUUUUAUUUCCUUCUGUUUCUGGAGGAGAUGAACAAAAAUUAGUCCUGCUGAUCAGAAUUUUUAUGUCCAUUUUGAUUGCUGUAUGACAUUAUACUAUCCUAGGAAUAUUUCAUCAAACAACAUAUACUAGCAAGAUGGAGCAAAAAAAAAGUAUCAGUUCAAUACCUACCCUCACUUCUAUUUUUCAUUUUAAAUUAAGAUUUUUGAACUCAUUUCUUUAUAUUCAUGUCAUCUAAGAGCUGCACUUGAAGACAAGGCUGGAAUAUAGUUAGAGACACAAUAUUUACUGGAGAAUUCCCUUAGCUUUUCUUCUAAACCUAUAACAUUCUUUUCAAGUAUGUUCUGUGAUCACUUUUUCCUAUUUUAAUCAUAUUUCUAUUAAUAUUAAUUGUUGAUAAAUUUUAUUGAAACCAGGUUGUACUAAGAUUGAACUUACAUGCUUGUAUUAUCUACACAGUACUCUGGAACAGCCAGUGGACAACAGCAGACUAACAUCUCAAAGUAUUUACAUGCUGCACUGAUUAAUUCUUGUUCCUACAGUGGACUCCAAAGUUGUUCACAUGUAAUAUAUCGCGUCCAUGAAAUGUAUGUUAACGCUAUUGAGAAGAUGGGAAAAACACACCAAUCUGAGACCCUCAUCCAGGACUAGUCAGCUCAUUAGCGGGGAUCAGUUUGGUUUUGUAAAAGGAUUUGUGUCUUUAAGAAAAAAAUUAUGUCUUGUGUGGCAGUAAGAUGUAGUAAAAAAAUUUGUGCUAUCUAUGUAUCUCCUUAAGCACACUAUUUUUUUUUCUUUAAUGAGGACCUUGGCCUUCCUUUUUCCAGGUACUGGUUUCAUUUUGCUGUUUAAUACAAAAUGAGAAAUAAGCUUGAAGUACGCUUCACACGUAGUUCAGGGAUAACAGUGUUCAUGAAACUUUGUGUGGUGGAUGGCUUUGAUAUUCGCAUUAUUUUCGCUUGAAGAUUUUUCCUGCAUCUGAGCCAUUUUGGAUAUCUUAUACCUAUAACAGCAGAGAAAUACCUGUUAACAAAUGGCUAUAUGCCUAAUGCAUAUAGUUAUUAACAUAAUUACGCAAUUGCUGUAGUUGAUAUCAUUACAAUUGACUUUGCAUUGUGAAUUUCAUUAUCAAGUUAAUGAAGUUUUUGUGCUGAUGGAAGUUGUGUCCUGAUAAAUACAGACUGAUCCAUAAAAAGAGCUCAUGAUGUGGUUCGGCAGGAGGUUUCACAGCCUUUGAAUAGAAAGCUGUGGCUGUAUUUUUUUUGUAUUUAUAAUGCAGGAAAAGAUUGGUGCUAGCAUUUUUAGAUUAAAUUCUUGGUCAUGUAUAGCAAGAGUAUCCCACUUGGUAGACUGGUGUUCUGGUUUUCCCCAGACCAGCUGCUAAAACUACUACAGUGCAUGUUAAGAUAAUAUCAGUGAUUGAUUGCAUAGCCUUGCCACUUAAAAAAAUACAUUAAUAUCUCACAUGUCCACUUGGGAGGUGGGAAAGUUUGAAUCUGUGUCAAGCAGACAGAGACAGCUAGUCACUUGAAUCUUGAAUGUGUGAAUGGCAUUAAAGAAAAUGAGGGUGACUGCAUUUAUUUUCUUUGAUACUUAGUUUCAUCAGGUGUAACAGAGUUACAGUGUUUUGGUCUAAAUUCGAGACUUCCUACGAAUUCUUUAUCUUAGUGUGUGACUUCAGGGGGGACCUAAUGGUGAGGUAGGUCACCUGUUCAACACUGGCAACGUGUAGCUCCUAGUAAUCAAAAAAUAGAUGCCUGGGAGUUGUUACUAAUGGAAACUUGAACCUUUACUGGAGGUAAAUCUUUACUUAAGCCUUUCAGGAGUGCCUAGGUCUGUCCCGAUUUUUAAAAUGAAAAAAAAAAAAAAAAGAGAUUAAGAAUAUUCACCCCAAAAUGUCUAAGAAAGUCUCCAUGGAAACAGUGUACCUAGCAGUAAAAAGAAGUACUUUUGAGAGUAAAUGGCGGACUGCUGAGCUAUGUUUGAAGUAUAAAUUAUUAAAUGAAUAAAACUUUUAUUAAAAUAGAUGUGCAAUUACCUUCUGGAUACAGUACUCUGAAAUGAGUACUGGAAUUUGGAAUUACUGUGAAGAACGGAAGCUGUGCCUGUGUAGGCAGGAUGCCAGGUCUGAACUUCUGCACCCUUUUCCAUUUUAAUUGAAGUGGGAAGUCAGUCCUGCAGAGCUCGGGGCCGGGGGCUGUGGUGGUGUGUGACGGGGAGAAGACCUUUCCCCCCAGCCCCAUGUCCCCAAGCCGAGGGUGCACCUGCGGGAGCGGGGCAGUCCCGGGGAGCGGCGGCAGCAGGCAGGCACAGCGCUUCCUCGGGUCUGCCUGCCAGCAGCUUUUCCUGGAUGACAGCGGCUGGCUGGUUUCACCGCGAAGAUGAAGAGCGUGUAGAGAGUUAUGGAGAGGCCGGGAGCUGGGACGGAAGGGAUGCUGGGACCUUAAUGCGCGGGGGGAAGCCUCAGCUGAAGUUAAUGGAAGAAUAGCAUCUGCUGUGUGCUUGGGGGCGGGAGGAGCAAUGCUGGUGGUCUGUCAUGGUUGAAGAUGUCCCUGUUCCUCACAGGGGAAUUGGACUAGAGGACCUUUAAACGUCCCUUCCAAACUUUACUAUGACUGUAAUGUACUCCUCUGUGGUCUGCAUCUGUUGCCCCAGUAUUCUCUCUCUCAUGUGUCCCUGCCUGAGUUCUCAGCUGACAACUCUUUGUUGUUGCAAGCAUGAAACAGUAAUACAGUUUUCUCAUUAAGAGUUCAAAAAGAUUUUCAGAUAAAAUUAAUAUUUUUUCCUUCUUUAAAAAAAAAAUCAAAAUAUCCCAACCAACAUUUUUGAGAAUUUAUCUCAAAAUAAGGUAAAAAUGUUACAAGGCUAGUAUCAAUUCUUUCAGGCUCUACUUUAAUGAACAAUUAGAUAAAUUAAACUUAAAAGUUGUGUGUGAAGUUUUACAGGCCUCACUAAAUUUAUGGUAUCGUUGGUAAAUGUGGGUUUAUUAUGAAUACAAAUGCUAUGUAGCUUUUAGUCCUACUUCACUAGCUUUAUUAUACCAACUUGAAACAAGAUAACUGUUUGGGGUGUUUUUGGUUUUUUUUUUUUUUUCCCCCUUACUAUCUAUAGAAUCAUUAGAAUAGCUCUGUAUAACUGAUGAAAAAGUUGGUGAUUUGUUGUGUAGUUUUUAUUUUGUUGUUGUUCCUCCCCAUGCUGUUGCUGUAACUUCCAGAAGUUCUGUUUUGGUCCUAGGAUCCAUACUCUGUUCAAAGCUAUAUAAAAAUCAAAAAGAUGUUAUCAAAACCAAGAACUUGCAGAGAGCAUAUUUUACAACAGAAAUAGAAUUUGACACUGGGAGAUGAUGUGAACAUAGCAGUCAACACAGACACUAGUCUGUCUCCUUAAUCAAUAAAGAUUGAUUUCCUUCCUUUACUGUGGUAUGUAUAAAAAGAAUAGUCAAAACAUUUAUUCUUCUAAAUCACUCUUUAAAUCUUUUUACUAUGAGGCAGCCUAAUAGAUGUUUGAACUACUUUCAGAUACAUGAGAAAAAAUAGCAUGAAAGUAUAUGAUCAUUUCAGAAUGUGGAGACAGGUGCUGUAGUCUUUGGGAAGCAGAAACUCCCCUUUGCAUCCAGAGAGGGAACCAUUUAGAAGGAUAUGCAACCAAAGCCAAGCAAUUUGUGUCUGACACAAUAAGGAAUAUGAGAAAAGUGAACAUGGUCUAAGCAACAAGUUGAAAAGGGUUAUUUUUGUAGUAGCUCUCUGAAGAGAUGAAAACAGGAAAGGUGGUACAGCCAUAUAAAGUGUUUUCAGUCAUUACAAGAUGACAGUCCAAAGGAGAAUGUCAUUUGUGUAGAUGAGGAGGAAACUUAGCUGUGUUCCAAAAAUAAUAGAAAGCUUCCUUUUAAAAAGCUUCCUGUGAUUUAGAGGGAUAAAUUGAAGAUCCUCCUCUGGCAUUGCACCAGUGUUUCAGGUAAUAGAGUGGUAUUGUUUGUGAUUAAGGAAAAGAGGCAAAGGGAGAAUUUGUAGAAGGGGUAUUCUUAAGUCAUCUUGUGCUAACAGCUGGAUAUCUAUCCAUGAGGAGCCAUCAGGUGUGUCUGUUCAGGCUUUGGCCAAGAAGAUACAAGUCUAGCCAAUCCUCAUGUUCUCUCAUAAAAUUCAUAUAUAUGUAUAUAUAUUCUCAUGUUAAAAUGAGAGGAGCUCAUUUUUUCUGCAAACCUGCUCUAUCACAGGCAUCUCACAGGGUCACAUCGUCCUUCAGGCAUCCACUUGCUCUGGCAUGGGAUUCUACAUGGGCUGCGAGUGAAUCUCUUCUCCAUCAUGGACUCAUUCCCAGGUCACAGACCUUUCAACUCAAGUUCAGACUGAAGUUCCAGCCUGUCCAGUACAGCAGGACAGGAGCAGCAGCCACCAUACUCUGGCCACCUGCCAUCCCUUGGAGGUGCAUUCCUGGGCACAAUACAGUAAGGUGAUAAAGCAAAAUCCAGUAAGCAGAAGCAAAAUGUGCCCACUAAAAAGCAGUAGAUUCAAGAAUAUGAGCCCCAUGGCAAGAGACAGGAGCCUGCUCAUUACUAGCUUAACAGCACUAGCGAAUAUAAAUUCAGUCUAGUAUAUCCCAGAAUAAUUAAUUCUUGAAACUUGUUAGCUAAAAUACACAUUUUAAGAUGAAAAUCAGAGAAGCUUUGAAGCAUAAAACUUUGAAGCAAAAAAUUAAAUUCAAUCUUCUAAUGGAGCAAAAAAUAAUUAUUUCCUUCACACUUCCUAUGCUAAAGUUAUGAACAAAAAAUAAAAAUAGAAAUAACAACUCUCUAAAUCCCCCAACAAACAAAAACUUACUUCACCUUUUGGACCAAACUAGAAUCUAUCUCAUAUGGUAAGGUCUAGUUAAAACAUGUACAUUAAAUUUCUUACCAAAAACCUCCCUUUUCUCUUAAACUGUACAGUUGGAGGAUAGAGGUUUCUCUGAAUUGCAAUUGGUGGAGGACAUGAGAAAGUACUGGUUCCAUUUGAAGCAAAGGAGUUCUAGAGAUUUCCCAAUAUCAUCUACUGCCGUAGGCAAACUUCCACGUGGUUGUGGGGUAAAGGAGAAAUUUGUUAGUGGGACUACUUAAAUCUUUUUCUUAAUUUGCAAGAAUUUUUCCCUGAAUACUAAUACUUUAUUUCCGUAAGUUGACUUGAGUGCUGCACAUUUUGUAUUAGGUGUUGAGGAUGGCAUUUCAUCAUUUCCAGAAUUUGCUCUACCAUCUUCAAGUUGCUGAAUAAGAUCCUAUGUUCUCUGGCUGCCAUGUUUAGGUUGUUUUCACCAGUGGUAUUUUUCAAUAUUUUAAAAAAGACUAUUUUAUUGGAUGACAGGGAGCUCACUGCCUACCACCAGCUUCCAUACAAGAUAUUGCAAUUUAUUUUUUUUAGUUAUUUACUUUAAUUUAAACAAUUUUUUUUAUUUGCAGUAGGACUCACUGUUCUAUUCCCUCCCUCUCCUUUUUUUUUUUUUUUUAUGGGGGACUAAAAUGUCUUUUGCUGUAGUGUCCUUUAUCAAGAAGAUUGUAACCUGUCAUCUGUGUACACUUUUUAUACAUCAAUGUAUAAGAAAAGUAAAACAAAUUCUGUUAAAGGACAUUUCAUAUAAUCUACAUUGGAGGUUGCUGGUGAAAGGAAGUUGCCAAGCCCAGAAGUAUGGAUGAUUGAGAAAUACUAGUCCUCUCCCCUUCUUAUGAGCUGUCAUUCAGUAGACUGGAUAAUGAAGACUGGAUAAUGACAUUGUUUUAUUGCUUUGCUCAGUAGUGGUUGAUCUCUAGUGCAAAUUUUAAUAACUUAUGUUUUGGUUUGUUAACUGUAUUCAAAUGAAAGUGUGGAAUAAUCCACACUUAGAACUGGUUUUGGAGUCUUGUGUUGACACUGCUGACGCAGAUUAAAGAUUUCUUUUAAAUUGAAAGCCUUAUGUUUUACAGUACUGAAUGACCACUUGCAGCUCUGAAGCACACUAAGAAAAAAAAUCUGGCUCAGAUAAUAAUGAUUCUGGUCAGGGAUAAGGUGUGACGUUUAAAAUUUGUGCAUGGAGAAAAUUCUUGAUUUUGGCAUCAAGGAAGCUGUUCUUAAAGAUAACCUGAUGCCUCCCAGAUGCUCCCUUGGCUGCCUUAACAGCUCCCAUCGGACUUCAGUUUGCAGACAGGACAGGAGUUUGUAAAUUGGUCCCGUGUCACUCACGUUUGCGUCAGGAAACUGAACUUUUUGAAGAUGCCCCGAAGACUGCCGAAUUCUUGGAAACUUUUGUCAGAAAAACAAAAGUUUGGCAUUUCAAGCCAAACUGAACAGCGUACAUUAUUGACAGUCUUAAGCCUGUCGCUAGCAGUUCCCCAAAGCGCUGUAAUAUUUUUUUUCCGUGUUUUUGGGUCGGAAUUGCUCCCCUAUCAUGCCAGCGCUUCUUUUGCCUUUGGCUUUCUCCUUCGCAGCCCGCACUCCCCGCGCCCCGGGUGUGCGUGGUACGGCGGGGGUGUUUCCUCUCGUCCCCAGCCCCGACACGGGCGCUGGGCAGCGCCUCCCGCGGCUGCCCUGGGCGUGGGGGCCCCUCCUCGGGCGGGGGCCGGGCCGGGGGAGGGUCCCAGCAGGGCGGCGGGCGGUGCCUCCCCCGCGGCGGCGGGUCGGGGCGCCUCGGCCGCGUCCCCGCGGCAGCUGGCGGCGGUCGCGGGCCAUGGGGGGGAAGAGCUUCUGCUUUGCCGUCCUGACCGUCGCCGUCCUGCUCCUGGCCGCCGCCUCGGUGGGUGCGGAGCCGCCGCCGAGCUGCGAGGCGGUCCGGAAAGUUUUCCAGGUGCGGCGGCUCGGCCCGCUCGGUGGCGUCCCGGAGUUCCCGCGGGCAGGUGUUGAUCUCCAGGUUUGUACUUCUGAAAAUCCAACAUGCUGUACCAAAAAGAUGGAAGAAAGGUAUCAGAUUGCAGCAAAGCAAGAUAUACAGCAAGUGCUUCAAACAUCAAGUGCUACAUUAAAAUUUUUAAUAUCUCGUAAUGCGGCUGCUUUUCAAGAAACCUUUGAAAUGCUCAUCAGACUGGCUGAGAAUUACACAAGCACACUUUUCUGCAAUGUAUAUAGAAACAUGGCUGCUGAGGCUGCUGUGCACGUGCAGGAGUUUUUCACAGAUGUUGGACUCUUCUUAUUUGGUGCAGACGCCAGCACAGAGGAAUUUGUGAAUAGAUUUUUUGACACGCUGUUUCCAGUAGUCUACAACCAUGUGAUUAACCCUGGUCCGACUGACAUUUCCCUGGAAUAUGCAGAGUGCCUCCGAGCAGCGGCAAGAGACAUCAGGCCCUUUGGCAACAUUCCCAAAAAGGCCGUAGGCCACAUGGCAAGAUCACUCUUACCCAGCCGGACUUUCUUGCAGGCUCUGAAUUUGGGUGUUGAAGUGAUCAAUACAACAGAUCACCUGCACUUCUCCAGGGACUGCAGCAGAGCUUUGCUGAGGAUGCAGUACUGCCCCCACUGCCAGGGGCUGACGCUGAGCAAGCCCUGCAUGGGCUACUGCCUCAACACCAUCCGCGGCUGCCUGGCUGGCGUAGCUGAAGUUGAUCUCCACUGGCGGAAGUACAUCCAGUCCCUGGAGGAGCUCUCGGGAGCCCUGAGCGGAGCGCACGGCAUCGAGCACGUGCUGCUGAACUUCCAUUCUCUUGUCCAUGAUGCUCUGGUACAGGCUCGGAUCAACGGGCCAGAGUUAUCUGAGCAGGUGAAUAAGAUAUGUGGUCCUCCUGUAAGGAAGCCUAAACAGUCUCCAGGUUGCUCCUUUGAUCAGAACAAACAUAAUCAAGUGUUGAAGAUGUUCUCCAGAGACAGUGAACAAACACUCACCAACAGAAGAAAGGAGUUUAUCAGCCACCUGCGGCUCUACAGAGCCUUUUACAGCAACCUGGCGGAUCAGCUGUGCGGGAAUGAGCUGGCAGCUGCCGAUGGCCUCCCAUGCUGGAACGGAGAAGAUGUUGUGAGAAGCUAUACGCACCGUGUGGUUGGCAGUGGAAUCAAAGCUCAGUCUGCAAAUCCAGAAGUAAAAGUGAAGGGAACAGAUCCUGUAAUAAGUCAAAUUAUUGACAAGCUGAAACAUGUUAUUCAGCUGUUGCAGGACAAAUCAUUUCCAAAAUAUGGCAAAUGGGAUCUCCAACAAACAGGCAGUGGUGGAGGUGUAGAUGAGCAAAUCAGUGGUGAUUGUGAUGAUGAAGAUGGUUGUGGAGGAUCUGGAAGUGGAGAAUUCAAAAGAGUUCUGAAAAUUACAGACCCACAUACUAGAUCCCACUGUGGGGUGGUUCUAAAAGUGAGCUCAAGAGGCAGUAAAACCAACCCAUCAAGAAAAAUCACAGAUCUGAUCACUCACCUUUGGGAACAGGCUCACAAGGGGGGUGUUAAAUGUGCCACUGCAUGGGCAACAGCAGGGAUGCCAGACAAGACGAACCUCAGGGACGUAAAGCAAAUCCAUCAAACCAACGAUGGCAGCACUUUAGACACAACUGGAGCAGGAUGUACAGCAAUGGCCCAUUAUAUGACAUUUAUGCUGAUUACUUUGGUAACGCUGUUUCUCAGUCUUUGGUAACUGCUCAUUUCUGGCUAGAUAUAUGUAUCUCAUUGUCAUCUAUUUAUCCCUACUCACAAGCCUGGAAUAAGGGAUCUGAUGAUUAUAGCAGUAUUUAUGGUAUCUUGUAUAAGAUCAGCCAGUGAUCUUAGCCCUGAAUAUUAACAAAGAAUUUUGUGUAAUACUUACCUGUGUUUUUUUUUAAACACCUGUAUAGUCAUAAAAAUAAUGUUUUCUUUUUUAAUAUUUUAUGUUGAAAAUAAGUUGUCUAUGAUAAUCUUUCUCCUAAAGCAAUUUGUCAAAAAGAGUAUUACCAAGUUUGAAACGGUCUCUGGAGAUCAUCUAAACCAACCCUGUGCUCAUAGUAGACUCAUUUCUUGCAAGUUUCCCAAGACCAAAUUCAGUUGACAUUGGAAUGUCUCCAAGGAGGGAGACUUUUCUGGCUUCCUGGGCUAACUGUACUAGUGCUUCAACACUCCUAGCAGAUAUUUUUUAGCUACUGUAUUUCAGCUUGUGCCUUUUGACCAUUUUGCCCACUGAGUCCUGUCACGGCACCACGGACAAGAGUUUGGCUCUAUCUUCUUUCCUCCCUUUAUCAGGUAUUUAUACAUUUUCAAAAGAUCCCGCUCUGCAUCUUCUCCAGGCCACACAGACCCCGCUGUGUCAGCCACUCCUUCCACAAGUUUUGCUCCCAUACCUUCAAAAUCAUCAUUGUCCUUUGCAGUGGAAUCCAUCCACUAUGUCCAUAUCUCUCUUGUCAUUGUCCUUGAGAGCUCAGACCUGAACAUAACAUUGUAGAUGUGUCUCUCUAGUGGAGAACAGAGGGGAAGGAUCACCUUCUUUGACCUGCUGAUAUUUUUCCUGAUUCAGCCCAGACGGUAGUUGGUUGUCUUUGCUGCAAGGGCACAGUGUGAGCUCUUUUUCAGCUUGGUGUCCCUUAGGACCACAAGGUCCUUCUCUGCAAAAUGGCUUUUCAACCAGGAGGCACUGACCUGUACAGGUAUAUGGGGUUAUUCCUCCCCAGGAGGAGGAUUUGGCACUUCCCUUUCUUGAACUUUCUGAGAUUCCUAUCAAGCCAAUUCUUCAGUCUGUCAGGGUCCCUCUGAAUUCAGAAUUAUUUUUAUAGUUCAGAAAAACCUAUAUGUUACAUACUAAAUAUGUAUAUGAUGGCCGAUUUUACCUAGGGAUAACAGCAAGGUUAAGAUUCAGUGUUGGAUUAAGGCAUCUUAACAUAUAUGUCAACAUACAGAUAUUUAUGUACAUGCUUUUCAAGCUGUAACUGUAGUCAUUGGAUUAAAUUGCUAAAAUACCAAUGAGUGCCUGUUGUGAUACACAAAAAAUCCCCACCUGGUGUCCACGACUGCUCUGAAUGGCCUCAGGUCUUUCUCUGGGCAAGCGACCACAGCCCUUUGUCAACACAGUCAGUGAAGCCCAGUGCAUUUUCCAGCUCAUAUAGGGACUGACACCCCAAAAAAGCAACUCAGUUGCCCAAAAGGAAAUGACUGCUGCCACAUAAGAUUUCUUGGAGUAUCAAAGACAUCCUCAGGGGACUGGCAUUUAUGAUGCAGGACUUCUGAGAUGUUCCAGAGGCUCCCUUAAAUGGGAGCCAUGGGGAAUGGCAGCUGGCAGCUAAGUGGGAGACAUCCUUAACUCAGACAGAUCUAGACAUUCACAUGUGGGCCCAUGAAGCAUACAUCAAACCUCCACUAAUAUCACUGAUAGCUUAGAUACCUGGUUGGGGUGGUGACACAUGAAUGCAAACCUGAAUCACAACAAUCCCAGCCCAAGUUCUUAUGCGUCAUAAAAUGAGGCCUGCAAAAGUGUGCCACAAUACUAAUGGUACAUUAUGUAUUACUGUUGUAAAAUUUGAUUGUUCUGCCAUGACCAAUUCUUGUGUCAUUUUAACCAGGAAGCAUUUAAGAAUUUUUGUAACAGUUAUUUCUCCUGUAGAAUAUUUUACAAGACAAAAAAAACCCCACCUGUAUGUAUUGUAUGUAUUCAAAACCAAUUGUAUGUAUUCAUAUGAUAACUAGAACUCUUUCUAGACAAAAAAUUUUACUCUGAGACUAAUAUAAACAUAAAUAUUUUUAUUCCCAAAUGUAUAUGUUAGUCAUUAACACACAUAGUAUAACAUACAGUAUAAUAAAGAGGUAAACUGAUAGAAAAGCAAGUUAACAUUUCUAUGAACAAUUACAUUCCCAGAUAAAUAUCAUUAUUAGGCAGGUGUGCCAGUGUGUACAUUUUGCUUGACCUCUUUUUCCUUUGCAGAUUUUGCAAAUCAAUCUUUCAAAUGCACUAGUCUUGUUUACUUGAAAUUAUGACAUUGGUAAUUCAGGGAAAGAAAAUGUGAAUUCAUUCUUUUCCUUUGUAAUGUCAACUCACACUGAUAAUCAAUCCACUUCGGCAACUUUUUUUUUUGAACAGUGGCCAGUAUCAGUCACUUCAAUGAAAAUUGAAUAAGGCUUUGAAAAGGAGACACAGAAAUGCAGAAAAAAUUCCACAUGUACUCAUUACUCAGAAUUUUAUUUAUGUCCUGAAGCACUUUGUUUCCAUUCCUAACUUUUGUGUGUUGUUCAAGACCUUACAGAGACUGAUAGUCCAGGAAUGGUAGAUUUUUCUAUAGAAUAUAGGAAACACAAGCCUCAUUUUCAAAUAUUGAUAGUAUUGCUGAUUAGUCCUAAGACCUCCUCGGGUAUAUGUGAAUUACUAAUCUGUAAUAAUCCUUUCUUUUGGUUUUCUUGGCCUAUUCCCAUUCUCUUCAGCACUGUACCUACACAGAAUUACUCCUAAGAUUCCUUUUGGAGUGGAAAACUAGGUUUCUUCUUCCCAGACACAUAUGAACAAACUAGCAAUAUGAAUAGCAGUAUGAAUAGCAAUAUGAAUAAUAGUGUCAGGUCGGGAGAUUUCUCAUUCACUACUCUGCCACGAGACCUCAUUCACCCUCCUGUUCCAUCCAUCUCUAGGCAUCACCAUACACUCCACAUCAUUGCUCAGAGUCAUACAUCUGCCAGGCUGCAUCAAGAUUUUUUCAUUAAAUCUACCAUGCUAUGAAGAAAUAUUCUAGUUUCUUAAAUAACUAUUAUAGAAUCACUAAAACAAACAAGUCAGAGCAAGAAGAAGGGAGGCAAGGCUCUUUGACAAUCUGCCCCAAGGUCACCUUGCAAGGGAGGUACCAUUGCAUUAAACUGUGGAAACCAGCAGAAUUUUGUAUAACUCCACAUUUGGAAGGCAGGGGGGAAAAAAAAGAACAAAAAGCCCCAAUGUUGCUGUGCUAUGUGAAAGCAAACAAUGGAAAGAGGAAUAGCACUGAACAGAAACAUGAAGAAUGCUUUAGAGAAGCCAAGAUGAGAAACAGGAAAAGAACUGUUAAGCUGGAGAUUGUGGUAAUGGAGUAUAAAACCACUUCCAUCCACAUAAAAUGAUGGACUGAUCACAGUAUGUAAGUGAGUCAGUCUGGGUCAAUUGCCUGGGCAUGCAGAAGCUUUUCCCAACAUGAGGUCACACAGACUGCACAGGGCUGCCUCUGAGCUCCUCAGAUGACUUCAGAAAUGACAUGUAGAUCUUGUUUCCUCUGUUUCAAUUGUUUACAAUGGGGCAUUUUUAACAGUCAGAAUCUUCUCCGUAUUUCCUAGAACAUUUGGUAAACAAGAUUUUGGCUUUAUUUUGCCUUCUUUUAAUUAAUCUUUUUGUGUAUUAUAACUGUUAUGGUCUAAAACAGGAAUACCUUGCUCAAAGUGUGCUAUUUCUCAGACACUCACUCAAAGACUGAUCAUACUAAAAUUGCAAUAUUAGAGUUGUGUACCUGGCCUCAGUACAUUUUUUUUUUUUUAAUAGCGACCAUAAAAUAAGAAAGCCUUCUAAGAAAUAAUUUCUUAGAGGACAGUCUGGUUACUUACAAUAAAAUUCCAACAAUGGAAUAAUUCUAAAAAAAAUACAACAUUUUGGAAAUUCAUAUUUUUAUUUGAUAAAAUCAAAAUAUUCCUCUUCUACCCUGAGAUCAAGAGAGACCAUAUACAUAGCACACCCAUUUGUUAGGGAAGCCUGCUGCCUCCCUGACUAGAGCCCUCAGAUCAUUGUCUGUUACUGAAUUUUCAGGAAGCCCAAGGUCAAUCAAAAAGACUGAAGUGCCACAGUGAGCCCAGAGAAGUGCAAGGGAGCUGGUGACAUGUUUGGAGUGUCUGAGGGAGCUGGGAUUGUUUAGUCUGGAGGAAAGGAGGCUCAGAAGAGACCUUAUCACACUACAAAUGCCAGAGAAGAGGUUGUACAAAUGUGGGGGUUGGCCUCUCCUCCCAGGAAACCAGUGACAGAAUGAGGGGACACAGCCUCAGCCUGUGCCAAGAAAGGUUUAGAUUGUAUAUCAGGAGUAAUUUCUUCAUAGAAAGGGUUGUUACACAUUGGAAUGGACAGCCCAGUGAGGUGGUGGAAUCACUAUCCCCAGAGACAUUUAAAAGAUGUAGAUAUGACACUUAGGGACACGGUUUAGUGGCAGACAUGGCAGUGCUGAGUUAACUCGAGGAUCUUAAGGCUAUUUUCCAGGCUAAAUGAUUCUAUAAUUCUUGACUUUCUAUUUCUAUUUUCUGUAGAUGUACCAGUGUUUUUAAAUGUACUUGUAUCUCCUGGGGAAAAGGUACUGACUGGAGUACUUAUUCUCAUAACUAAUGUCCUAGCACUUUAAAUAAACAUUUCAAGGUAACAACUUUUCCUGUGUGUAGCUGGUGAAAGAGAAAAAGAAGCACCUGUUUCCUUGGAAAGCAAAUAUCAUGGUUCCUUUAAUGAAUAAUAAAAGAUGAUACAUAAUUACAGCUAUGUAAAAGGUUACCUUUUUAUUUCUUUCUGUAGGUAGAUAUGCAUAUAACUUCUUUACUACUCUGUACCUGUAUAUUUAUAUUUAUAUUAUUGAGAUAAUAUUCUUGUUGAGAUUAUAACAGGGUUUAGAUUAACCUAUUGAAGAUUUCAGAUUAACUUUAUCAUUUCCAUAUCAUCUUCUCAGGACAAUGAAUUAAAAUGUGUAGUUGAAGCUAUCUCUAUUUAUUUUCUUUUAUAUUCAGUUCUUCUAUGAAAUAAUUGUGUAAGCAUUAAUCUUAUUUAGAAAAAUAUGUGCUUUUCUAUGUGCUCUGAGUCACAACUGAUUAUAAUAGGAAUUAAAAUAAAAGUUGUUUCUAACUGUAUUACACUAAGAAAGCUAGUGACUCUAGAAAAAGCCAGAUUUUCUUCUUGAAAAUCUCAGCAAAAUUAAUUAAGUUUUAAUUCCUAAUUCUUUCUUCCUGGUGAUACAUGAACAAAUUUUGGGAGAUAAUAUUUGCAUUUCAGGCAGUUAGAAACUUUGUCUUUAAUUUAUUUUAGUACUUUUUAAUGUGAAAUGCUGCAGACAGUAUACCUGGUACCCCAUGAGGCUCUUUUCUAGUUCACAUUGAGGAGGAAGCUCAUGCUGAGCUUCUGUGGCUGGGAGGACUCAGUCGAUGCCAUCUCAUCACCCCUCACAGCGCAGAGGGCUGUGCUAAGAUCACCUGCGGUGCAUGCCUAAUUUAGGUGUCACAACAAAGUCUCUCCAGGUUUGUCAAGCAGUCCAAAUCAAUUGUUAGUCUCUUGAAUAUAAGUCACACGGAGGUCUUUCUCUGUGGCAGUUUCUGAUUUUCCUGCUCCUCUCAAUGUCACUCUCUUUCCCAUUUGAGCUGGUGCAAGAGUUUACAGGAUCAUGCAGUGAAACUGGUCAGGGUAUUUCUGACUCAAAGGAUCUCCUUGAUCCACUUCACCUUGCAUCUUCAAAGACAAUGCUGCUGGUACAAUGGAUGGUGUGGGCAUAGUGCUCCUUGAAUUUUAGCCACAUAGUUAUAGCAGGUGGACACAACAUGAGGGAAAAGAAAACCACUUAAAUAACAUAAAAACAUACUGCAAAAUUGUUUUCAUAACUAUAUUAUGUGUGAGGAUUCAUCCUUCAGUAUAUAAAACAGGAUACAGCCACUAAAAAUCAUGGUCAAGUCUGAUUUUAUUCAUGCCACACAUGAAAGUGUAUAACAGAUAUCUUUUGCUGAUGGGCAAAAAACAUACUGCUCAAUACAUCAGCAUGCCUUACCACGAGUAAUUUCUCUUCUUUGUAUCUGUCUUUAGGGGAUCAGUAUUGCAUAGAAUGUGCUUUCCUGUUUACUUUCAGUUCCUCUUACUUAUAGGUAUAGCUAACACCUUUAUGAUGGCUGUUAAAAAUAUUUUUCAUGUCUGUUUACAUCCCUGCUUUUUGGCAGACAGAGGUGUUCAUGAAACCCAUGUAUUUCACUUACUUUAUUAAAAAAACAAACAAACAAAGUUUAUCAACUUUACUGUUGAUCAACAGUAAAUCAAAGUUUAUCAAGUUUAUAAAAAAAAAAAAAAAAGAAGAAAAAGAAUUCCAGGCCUUCAGAAAGGUAAAAAGCAUCAU